AUGGAGCAGAUCGCACAGCAAUUCACCGACUUCUACUAUUCCACUUUCGACUCGGAUCGAAAUGCGCUCGUCAACCUUUACCGAGCCAACUCGAUGCUGACUUUCGAAGGGUCGCAGGUACAAGGUGCACCGGCGAUUGUCGAGAAGCUUACCAGCCUACCUUUCCAGAAGGUGCAGCACAAAGUCGAGACGCGCGAUGCGCAACCUACAGGCGAUGGCAAUUCUCUCGUUGUCCUCGUCACGGGCACAUUGGCUGUCGAUGACGGUGGGAUCCCGUUGAAGUUUUCGCAGACGUUUACACUGAACCCUGAAAACGGCAGCUUCUACGUGUUCAACGACGUCUUCCGUCUCAACUACGGUUAA